AGAGCUGAGUGAGCUGAGUCGGGGAGGGGCCCUUUGAAGGAAUAUCGGCCACCGCCGGCAUACCAGCAGCUCCGGAAUACGCUUUCUGCUCCGUUCGCGCAGCACAAAAACUUGGGCUCGGAUACGAGAAAGAGCCCCUCUCGGAAAAGAAAAAAAAGGGUGGAUUAUCUUUUGCACUGAUUUUCCGCUGCGAAAGAGGUGGCACUGAUUUGCACCACUGGCUUGAGACCGGGUCCGGUGCCCCCUUUCUCCCUCAUCACUCUUUCCUAGUACCCUCCUUCCGCGUCCCCCCUCCCCCGCCCCCCUUUUGUCUGAUCUCUGAUCUUCAUACGAGACUGCACGUCGCAAGAUGCCUAGCUCGCUUUUCGCCGACAUGGAGCGGAGCGGGAGCAACCAGGGAGAUGCCUUGGACGACCAAAGAGCCCUGCAGAUCGCCCUGGAUCAGCUCUCCCUGCUCGGCUUGGACAACGACGAGAAUCCGCUGUACGACAACGAGCCCCGGAAAAAGAGUGUCAACAUGACCGAAUGUGUUCCCGUGCCCAGCUCAGAGCACGUCGCCGAAAUCGUCGGGAGACAAGGUUGCAAGAUCAAAGCGCUGCGAGCGAAGACCAAUACUUACAUCAAGACCCCAGUACGUGGCGAGGAGCCUGUUUUUGUGGUAACAGGCAGGAGGGAGGAUGUGGCCAUGGCACGGAGGGAGAUCAUCUCAGCAGCUGAACACUUCUCAAUGAUUCGAGCAUCCAGAAAUAAAAACACCAGCCUGAAUGGUAGCGGCACCCCAGUCCCUGGACCUCCAAACCUCCCUGGACAGACCACCAUCCAAGUGCGGGUGCCUUACCGUGUAGUGGGGUUAGUCGUAGGCCCCAAGGGGGCCACUAUCAAGCGCAUCCAACAGCAGACCCACACCUACAUUGUGACGCCUAGCAGGGACAAAGAGCCAGUGUUUGAAGUGACAGGAAUGCCUGAGAAUGUUGACCGAGCCCGUGAAGAGAUUGAAGCACACAUCGCCAUGAGGACAGGAGGUCUCAUCGAGCUCCAGGACGAGAAUGACUUCCAUGCCAAUGGAACUGACGUGGGGUUUGAUCUGCAUGGGCAUGCUACACUGUGGUCUAAACCCAGUGCCGGUGUUACCCCCAAUUCAGGACGCAAACCCUUCUCCAACUACCGCAAUGACUCCUCCUCUUCACUGGGCAGCGCCUCCACAGACUCCUACUUCGGUAACAACAGCUCACGCAUGGCCGACUACAGCCCCCCCAGCCCAGCUCUCAGCUACACCACUACCAACAACAAUGGUAACAACAACAACAACAACGUCAACAUCACCGUUAACACCAAUGGAAAUGGGUUUGUUUACAGUGGAGAUGUGAUUUCGCCCGACUGCGCUGACCUGGCGUUUGACUCAUCGCCGGGCUUUGACCCCACACCGGUCCCCCCAGGUCUCCUGUGGUCCCAGUACGAGAGCCGAAUGACGCCCUCCUCCAACGGAGGCAGCUCCCCCACGUCCACCUCAGCCAUGUUCUCUGCUAAUGCUUCCACUAAUGCCAAUGGGAUGGUGGUGAGCCAUAGAAGGGCCAAUGGGGGAACACCCCAGCCAAGGCUGUCCCCUCCACUCCACGGCCACACCACCGGCCCCGCCGAACACCCACUGGCCAGGAGGGUGCGCAGUGACCCCGGGGGUGGUCCUCUGAGUUUCCCUGGCUACUCCAGCACCAUAGCAUCCCUACCGGGCCCACACCUUCCCGGGGUUCCCUGCGAUUCCUCAGCCUCGUCUUCCUCCUCCUCGUCCUCCUCUUCAUCUGGCACCAGUAGAAAAGGCAGCCGUGACUGCUCCGUGUGUUUUGAAAGUGAGGUCAUUGCAGCGCUGGUCCCCUGUGGGCAUAACCUGUUCUGUAUGGAGUGUGCCAACCGCAUCUGUGAGAGAAAUGAGCCCAAAUGCCCCGUCUGCCACACCGGCGUCACUCAGGCUAUACGUAUAUUUUCAUAAGUGUUUCUCUCUCUCUCUCUCUCUCUCUCUCUCUCUCUCUCUCUCUCUCUCUCUCUCUCUCUCUCUCUCUCUCUCUCUCUCUCUCUCUCACAGACUAUUAUGUCACCAAGGCCGACUACAAUAGCAACAACAACAACAACAAAAACUCUCAUAACUGCUUUAACAGGAUUUGGAUCAUCACAUGUUUUGUGAAGUGUACAUAAAUAUACAUAUGUAUGUAAGAGGCUGCAGUAUCCAAAAGAAGGGAACCCACUUCAGGGCUCCAUCGUAAUUGUUUUUAAUGUACUGUAGCUUGGGGAAAUAUUUUCAACAUCUAAAUGCAUGUUUUAAAUAUUACAGUAUAGUAAACAAUAGUUCUAGUAAAUUGUACCCUAUAUUUAUGAAGUAACAAGACACAGUGGGUCAGGACGGAGGUACUUGGGUCAACCUGUCAACUGUUAGUCGAGCAAGCCUUCCAGCUUCACGAGAGGAAUGUACUGAUAGGAGAGGACACGCAUACAAGACGUGGAAGGCUCUCAGUUGAACAGGCCUAUUGACUUAUAAAGCUGAAGAUACUGCAGCUCGAGUUCAGAGACCACGCUAGGGAGGACAACAACAUAUCCUACAUAUAUAUGUAUAGAAUAAAAAAAAUCCACACGUUGAAAGUUUUAAAUUACAUUGAUACAGAUUGAAGUAUUUUAUUCUUUUUUGACUUGAAAGAUUAUAUUUCUUAUUGCAAAGAUGUUUACAAAUAUUUUAAUUUAAGUUCAGUGAACUUUUUGUAGCUGGGUUAAAAUAUCGUUUAUUUUUUAGUAUGGCCUUAUGGCAUUGAUCACUGUAUUAUUUUAAUAUCUCGACUGUGGGCGGAGUAACAAAUCCACAAAAUGUGUGUUGCAUUUGACAGUAUUCUGUUGGGAUGGAGUUUUUAUAGGUUCAGCAAAAAAAAAAAAGUCUUUUAAAUCCGCUUCACCCAGCAUAUUUUUUAUUCAGUAAUAUAAAGCAUAUUUUAUUCUAUAUUAUUAUGAAACGUUGAAAUGUACAAAACUUAGUAAGUCGAACAAAAAGGAACAGUUUAUGCUUUCUAAAAAUUUGUAUGAAUUAGAUUCCAGUGGGAAUUACAGACUUCUGUUGCACCACUAUAGUUUUAGUAUUUCUAUUUUAAUACAUUUGUUUACCACUUGUUUAUGUAUAUGUAGGUGAAGUUACUUGAGCGUAAAUGUACUUUAUUGAGCAAAGUUUAAGAACAAAGUAUAUUUUAUUUUAUGAUAAAGGGCCUUUAACCUCAUGGUCAAAUACUAAUAUUAUAUUUGCUGAAACAAGAUUUGAAAAAUGUAUCAAGAGUUUUAUUUUUCUGACAUUUAAAGUUCUACAUGAUAAAAAGUAAAACUUAAGUAAUGGUGCUACUUCAUGUUUUUUUAAGUAUUUCUAUAUAAGUCCAAUAAUAAAA